AACUGGGCCCCCGUCCGUUUCCUCUCCUCGGCCGCAUAUCUGCACAAGACGGCAAACACCGCCCACUCUUGCAGAAUUCUUCCUCUCCGCUUCUCUGCUCAUCUGCUGGUGGUGGCUGCAGAUUGCGCUCCGAUGGCGCAAGCGGUGCGGCCGUGCAAUGCCACCCUUCUCGCGCGGCUCCGUGACGGCGAGGCGAGGUUCGAGCUCCUCGAGGACUCCGCGGCCGCGGCCGCGGCCUCGCCCGCUCCUGCUCCAGUUUGGCCCGGCCUCAGCUGCUUUUCUAGGGUUGCUACCUCCCUGAGGGGCGGGUGGUCGGGGGCGCUGAACAAGGUGGAGCACUACGGGGUCCAGAGGGUCACGGGUGAUGGCCGGUGCAUGUUUCGGGCGUUGGUGAAAGGAAUGGCAAAGAACAAGGGGAUUCCAUUGACCUCAAGGGAGGAGGUACAAGAUGCAGAUGAUUUACGGAUGGCAGUAAAAGAAGUUAUCUGCGAUGAUGAGACUGAACGACAAAAAUAUGAAGAGGCAGUUAUAGCAAUUACUGUGGAUGAAUCAUUGAGGCGCUACUGCCAUAGAAUAAGGCGAUCUGAUUUCUGGGGUGGAGAGUCAGAACUCUUGGUUUUGUCUAAAUUGUGUCGGCAGCCAAUCAUUAUUUAUAUUCCAGAGCGUGAGUACCAUGGGCGUGGAAAUGGUUUUAUUCCUAUAGCAGAGUAUGGACUGGAAUUCUCCAAGGACUCAAAACAGUGGAAGAAAAAGGUGCCAGUAAGACUGUUAUACAGUGGGAGGAAUCAUUAUGAUUUGCUAGUAUAACAUGGUUGCACCGAACGUUAUCAGUACCCUGAAGACAGCUUCGAUGCUACUCCAUCCAUUCCAAAUUGAUCUAAUAUAGUUUUUUUUGAAGUUAUUCUUAAAUGAUCUACAUAUUUGUGUUCAUUUAUUGAGUAUUCGUUAUUUGUACAUUGGAGUAAAUGGACAUUGAUGCAUGCAUCUAUGCACACAAGUAUUUAUAACCCACAUGCAAUAUCUUGAUUUGCUAUUGGCUAAGAAAUAUUAGGGAUGGUGUAUACAUCGAGUUUGUUGCUAGAGUAAAUAUAGUAUGAGAGAGUUAUUAGCUUUUCUUGGUCUUGGUGUACCUAUAAAAUAUGUAGAUCAAUUUGGAAUGGAGGGAGUAUAUAGCUAACUGUUCUACCUAGGAAAACCACAUAUAUAUAGUAGAAAACUGAAAACUACCGUUGGAUCAAAAAAUAAAUGUCUGAGAUUUGUCCACGUCAUUAUGAGUAAAUCUGCAAGUAAAAUUUUUACUCGCGAUGACUUGGACAAAUCUAAUAUGUCUAUUUUUUACCAAUGGUACUACAUAUGUGGUUUCCACCGUAUAUUUUCCCGUUCUACCGUAUGAAAUCCAUUGGUUCCAUCUUAUCUGAAAAACUUCCAUGA